AUGUCAACUGGAGGUCUGCAACUUCGACCAAAUGGUCUGACCCCUCCAACACAGAUGCCCACAUUGAUCUACGGGACGGCUUGGAAAAAGGAUCGCAGUGCAGAACUGGUAUAUACAGCACUCAAAACCGGGUUUCGCGCAGUCGACACUGCGGCGCAGCCGAAACAUUAUCGCGAAGAUCUAGUGGGGGAUGGGGUCAGAAGAGCGAUUGCUGAGGGCAUCGUUAAGCGCGAGGAUCUUUACAUUCAAACAAAAUACACACCAGUGUCAGGACAAAAUCCACAUGACAUGCCAUAUGAUGGAAGUCUUAGUAUAACGGACCAAGUCAAAGCUUCAAUUCACUCGUCUCUCCAGAAUUUUCGCAUUGCAAAAGAUGAUUUGAAUGCUGUCAAUGGCACCUAUAUUGAUACACUAGUGCUCCACUCACCGCUACCUACCAUUGUGCAGACUAUAGAGGCCUGGGUCGCCGCUGAGAGCUUUGUGCCGGACGUUAUACACAACCUCGGAAUAUCGAAUUGCCCUCUUCCGGUACUGAAAGCACUCUGCACUUCGCCUGAGAUCAAAAUUAAGCCGGCUGUGGUUCAAAAUCGCUUUUAUGCAGAUGAAGACUACGACGUGGAAUUGCGCUCGUUUGCUCGCGAAAAUGAUAUCAUAUACCAGUCUUUCUGGACACUGACCGCAAAUCCAGAGCUUGUCAAAAGUGAGCCGGUACUGCAGCUUUCUGAGAAGGCCAGAAUCAGUGUCGCGGCUGCUUUGUACGCUCUUGUGAUCAAUCUAGGAAAGGUUUCGGUGCUUGACGGAACCAAGAGCGAAGUUCACAUGGCAGAAGAUCUCAGAUUGUCUUCAAAAGUUGAGAGAUUCAGUGGAGAGCAUGAGCAAGAAUGGCAGGAUCUGGUCAGCAGCUUUAAACUUCUUAUUGGAGAACUAGCAUGA